CCCGACUCCGAGGUUUCUUCCAAUGCCUCUUCGGAGGACAUGGAUGAUUCGGAGAAGGUGUAUGACAAAGAAGCGGUCAAUGGAGCAGAAGCAACGCACGAGAGAGGAGCUCCCAACCCUGCAAAGCAGGAGAGCAAGACUUCGGAUAUGACGACUACAGCAGUGAAAGAGAACUGGGCGACUAUUGAGGCUCUCUUCACCGGAAAGAAAUUCCCGCCACCCCAGUCAGACCCGAUGCGAACACUCCUAUCUCUUCCCCGCGUCCGAGAGCUUGAAUUCCCCACAAGUCAGAUGUUCUCCGUGGCCUGGCCCAAGGACGUGUCUCUCCUUAUCGUACAGCUUGUUGGUGAGGAAUCGCCGGAACCAUGCAACAGAUGUGCCAAGGGUUCAGGUAUUUUCAAAGGCUGCGUCAUGGUGAGCGAUAAUGUAGCCCAAGCUACCCAACAGGGCAGUUGUACUUGCGUCAAUUGUGCAUGGAAGAGCUGUAACCUUGGCGUGUGUGACCUCCGGCUGAAGCUGCGCGAGCGCGAGCGCGAGCGCGAGCAAGCGGCAGACGAGCAGACUUCCUCGCCGCUUUCAGACUCGCAACCUUCUAU